CCACCUGGAGACGUCAGCGGCCCGCGACGUGCUUCGCCGGAUAAAUGCGGUGGCGCCGGGCGUAGGAGCGCUUCGGCCCGGGGCGCCUGAGCUUUCGGGCGUUUGGCCUCGUCUCGACCCGCGCUCGGUCCGGUGCGUGCAUCUCGCAGUGCCAUGGCGGACGAGGGGAAGCCGUACAACGAGCAUGAUGACCGCAUUACCUUCCAUCAGAGGAGGAAGAAGGGCCGAGGUCCUUUCCGGUGGAAGUAUGGGGAUGGGAACCGUCGGUCUGGAAGAGGAGGUGCCGGCGUUCGGACACCCCGCCUUGAGGACGAGGACAGAGAUGUGGCAAUGAGUGAUGCCCAGGACGGUCCCCGAGUGCGAUACAACCCCUAUACCGCGCGACCCAACCGUCGGGGAGGCGACGCCUGGCACGAUCGGGACCGUAUUCACGUCACUGUGCGGAGGGACAGAGCGCCUCCCGACAGAGGCGCCGCUGGCACCAGCCAGGAAGGGGUGUCAAGGAACUGGUUCAAGAUUACAAUUCCUUACGGCAGGAAAUACGAUAAGUCGUGGCUCCUGAGUGUGAUUCAGAGCAAAUGCAGCGUCCCUUUCACCCCCGUUGAGUUUCACUAUGAAAACACCCGGGCCCAGUUUUUUGUUGAGGAUGCCAGUACCGCCUCUGCGCUGAAGGCCAUCAACUAUAAGAUCUCCGAUCGGGAGAAUCGUAGGAUAUCCAUCAUCAUCAACCCCUCGUUUCCGCCCCAGACGGUCCAGAAUGAGCUGAAGCCUGAACAGGUGGAGCAGCUAAAGCUGAUCAUGAGCAAAAGAUAUGAUGGCUCCCAACAAGCGCUGGACCUCAAAGGCCUCCGUACAGACGCAGACUUGGUGGCCCAGAACAUAGACGUUGUCCUGAACCGGAAAAGUUGCAUGGCGGCCACCCUGCGAAUCAUCGAAGAGAACAUCCCCGAGCUCUUAUCCUUGAACAUGAGCAACAAUCGGCUCUACCGGCUGGACGAAAUGGCCAGCAUCGUGCAGAAGGCCCCCAACCUGAAGAUCCUGAACCUCUCCGGAAACGAGCUGAAGUCCGAACGGGAGUUGGACAAGAUCAAAGGGCUCAAGCUGGAGGAGCUCUGGCUGGACGGGAACCCGCUGUGCGACUCCUUCCAAGACCAGUCCACCUACAUUAGCGCCGUUCGCGAACGAUUUCCCAAAUUACUGCGCCUGGAUGGCCACGAGUUACCCCCGCCUAUUGCCUUUGACGUGGAGGCCCCCACAGCCCUGCCGCCCUGCAAGGGAAGCUACUUUGGCACCGAGGCCCUGAAGAAUCUAGUGCUGCACUUCUUACAGCAGUACUAUGCAAUCUAUGACUCUGGCGACCGGCAGGGACUUCUGGACGCCUACCACGACGGGGCGUGCUGCUCCCUGAGUAUCCCCUUCACCCCCCAGAACCCCGCACGAAGCAACCUGGCCGAGUACUUCAAGGAUAGCAGGAAUGUGAAGAAGCUGAAAGACCCCACCAUGCGGUUCCGCCUGCUGAAGCACACGCGUCUGAACGUCGUUGCCUUCCUCAACGAGCUGCCCAAAACUCAGCACGACAUUAAUUCCUUCGUGGUAGACAUAAGUGCCCAGACUAGCACGCUGCUGUGUUUCUCCGUCAAUGGCGUCUUUAAGGAAGUGGACGGAAAGUCCCGGGAUUCCUUGCGAGCCUUCACUCGGACCUUCAUUGCUGUUCCUGCCAGCAAUUCAGGGCUGUGCAUAGUGAAUGACGAGCUGUUUGUGCGGAACGCCAGCCCUGAUGAGAGCCAAAGAGCCUUCGCCAUGCCUGCACCCACGCCUUCCUCCAGCCCAGUGCCCACCCUCUCCCCGGAGCAGCAGGAAAUGCUGCAGGCCUUUUCGACGCAGUCUGGCAUGAACCUCGAGUGGUCCCAGAAAUGUCUGCAGGACAACAACUGGGACUAUACCAGAUCUGCCCAGGCCUUCACUCUUCUCAAGGCCAAGGACAAGAUUCCUGAAGUGGCUUUCAUGAAGUGAUCCAGAGUCAUCCCAGAAGCCCCUGUAAAUAAAUAGCCCUUGGAUAGCCCGGUUUCUGUGUCAUCAUUGUCUUCCCUGGCCGGAGGCCGCCCUGUGACUGUGACCGUGGAGGGGGGCCGCUGGAUUCCGCUCCUCUCCUCGCUGGCCUUCUGGGAGAGUUCCAGAAGAUUGACACUCAUUGGUGCCAGGACCCUAGAGCGAGCUUUGUAGAACUCACACUAAAGUACUCAAAGGACUUAGGUGCUUUGAACCCUCCCUACUUUUUAAAAUAAAGAGUGAUAUUGUAUUUUGUG